CUGGCUGCUGCUGGCUGAGCUGAAUGCUGAAUGGUGGUGUAAGACGACAUUUUUGUCGGGCUAUAAAAUAUUGUAUUAUCUGCAGGUUUCAUUAAACAUGUCUGCCCCAAGCCACAAGUAUCGAUACAAAAACACCGGUUUAGACGCUCAGGAGCUGAGGCGAAGAAGGGAGGAAGAGGGAGUUCAGUUGCGAAAACAGAAGAGAGAGCAGCAGCUGUCUAAGCGAAGAAAUGUUAAUAUUCCUUUGUUGUCAGAUGAGGCGGACACAAUGCAGGAGGACAUGCUGGGUUUGGUGUCGAGCCCAGUCAUCACUCCAGCCAUGGUCCAGGCUCUCUACAGCUCCAGCGUGGACGACCAGUUAGACGCCACCCAAAAGUUCCGCAAGCUGCUCUCUCGCGAACCCAACCCUCCUAUCGACGAGGUUAUUCAGACUGGCAUCGUGCCGCGCUUUGUCGAGUUCCUGCAAAACAACAGCAAUGCAACGUUACAGUUUGAGGCGGCGUGGGCCCUCACCAAUAUUGCAUCUGGCACCAGUGUGCAGACUCGGAUGGUGAUAGAGGCUGGUGCGGUUGCUGUGUUUGUGCAGCUGCUCAACUCCGAGUACGAGGACGUCCAGGAACAAGCUGUCUGGGCGUUGGGCAACAUAGCUGGCGACAGUCCUGAGUGUCGAGACCAUGUCUUGGACUCUGGCAUCCUCGUACCAUUGCUACAGCUGCUCAGCAAAUCCAGCAGAUUGACAAUGGUCCGGAAUGCAGUUUGGGCUCUUUCUAAUCUGUGCCGUGGCAAAAACCCAGCACCCAACUUUGCCAAGGUUUCACCUUGUCUUCCCGUCCUGUCGCGUCUGCUGUUCCACUCUGAUGCGGACGUGUUGGCGGACGCCUGCUGGGCUCUCAGCUACCUCAGUGACGGACCCAACGACAAGAUACAAGCAGUCAUUGAUGCAGGAGUGUGCCGUAGGCUUGUGGAGUUGCUCAUGCACAACCAACACAACGUGGUGUCUGCCGCACUGAGAGCUGUAGGCAACAUAGUGACAGGUGACGAUGUUCAGACUCAGGUGAUUCUCAACUGUUCUGUGCUGCCUUGUCUGUUGGAACUGCUGAUGUCCACCAAGGAGUCCAUUCGCAAAGAGGCUUGCUGGACCAUCUCCAACAUCACUGCCGGCAACCGUCAGCAGAUACAGGCGGUGAUAGAUGCAAACAUCUUCCCAGUCCUGAUGGAGAUUUUAGGCUCAGCCGAGUUCAAAACUCGCAAGGAAGCUGCGUGGGCCAUCACCAACGCUACGUCAGGCGGAACUGCAGAACAGAUACGCUAUCUUGUCAACCAGUGUGGUUGUCAGGGCUGCAUUGGUCCGCUGUGUGAUUUGCUGACUGUCAUGGACGCCAAGAUCAUCCAGGUUGCUCUCAACGGACUGGAGAAUAUCUUGAGGCUGGGUGAGCAAGAUGCCAAGGCCUCUGGAACUGUCAACCCGUACGCUGUUCUCAUUGAGGAGUGCUAUGGACUGGAUAAGAUCGAGUUCCUACAAUCACAUGAGAACAUGGACAUCUACCAGAAGGCGUUUGAUAUAAUUGAACAUUACUUUGGCAGCGAGGACGAGGACGCCAGAGUAGCUCCGUCACAGCAAGGUGAACAGUUCACCUUCGCUACAGACCAGAGCGUGCCCAUGGGCGGCUUCAACUUUUAAAAAGGUUAAGCUGUAAAUCUUCCACGCUGCUUCUCUGAAGAAAUUUGAAUAAAAAUAUUCAGCUUCAGAUGAAUCAACAUCAAUGUGUUUUACGUGUAAAACAAUAAUAAGAUAAUGCUUUUCUGUUUGGAUAUUCUUAGUCCAUCCAACAUAAAGAUAAAAAUCAAUUGAAAGUAUAGUUUCAUAAUUUUGAAUAGGUAGUUUUCACUCAAUGAUUGCCAAGUUGAUAUUUCAGUUGAAGGUAUUCCUAAGGCAACAGUAGGAUUUUUCUGUUUGCAAGUGAAAAUUAGUAAAAAUACUAGAAUUCUUUCUUUUUUAUUAGAAAAUUAUUAGAAUAGACUUUUUAAGAAUAUUCAAAUAGAAAAAAUAGUGUGAGAUUGAUAGAUAUAAUAAUGAUUUUGUAACCUAUUUCACUUACUGUUAUUACUUAUUGACAAAACGUAACAAACAUUUACUUGUAAGUUUGUAGGUAAAAUAAUUACGAGGUUAAUUAACAUUUUACAAAUUUGCUGGGUCGAUGUGUGCAAAUUUUUGGUUUAAAAUAUUGUUUAUUUUUUUUAUUCAAUAUUUUAGCACUAGAAUAAUGGGUCACAUUUGAAGUUUAAAACGUCUUCAAAAGUAAUUUGUUUGCCGUAAGAUUAAUGUGUUUUUUUUUUUGUUUUUUUAUCAGGAUAGAUAUAACUUUUCCUGAAAAUAAAAGUAUUACUUUUAUAAAUUUAAUAGAUUUUGAUUAGUAACAGUUGAAUUAAACUGUAGAAAUUUAACUGAUAUAUAACAUGAUGCAAUUAUUUUACCUAUAUUCUAAUGUAAUGUCCCUCGCAAGUGAGUGUGCACAAUUACGACGAGACUUUACUAUACGUUACAUUUACUGAAGUGUUUCAACUACUUUUGUGCGCCAAAAUUCUCGGUCAUUUUGGCUGUGUCGAGUUACCUGUGAAUUUUUUAAUUAGACUGUAAUUCUUACGACUUAUAAUGGAAUUACUCUAGAAAUUAAUCGUCAGGAGUAAUCCUACGUUACGCUUACUAAACCUACAUUAAGACAUUGAUACAGUUCAAUUCUUGAUUUGUUUGAAUUGUAGGUGAAAAUUGUUAAACCAUUGAUAGGCCUAAGGAAAAUAGUUUGUAAAUUUAUUACGGAUUUGUACAAGACAAUUAUUCAGGUUGUAUAAUUUGUUUUUGAAGUACUACUUAAAAUACUAAGACUACCUCAUGUAAAUUUUAGCUAAUUUAAAUUAUUGUAAUUUAAGAAUAUUCAUAUCAUUUUUACAAUUGUGUAAAUAAUUACCAUUGAUAAAAUUUACAACAUGUUUGCAGGUGAUUUGUAUCUUAACGUGUUACAGACUCGUAAACUGAGAAAAACAUUGUGUAAUAAAGAAUUUAUUCAAACUGUCUGGUGCUACGAUUUUUUUUAGUCAUGUCAGUAAAAUAUUGGUUACAAAAGUUAUGAUUCAUUUCAUUGUUAUUUAUUAUAAUUUAUAUUAGGUUUUACAUGUUUAAAAUUAGCUUUACUAAUUCUCUAAUGUGAAUUGUGACUAUUGCUUUUCCUAACUGUUACUGACUGUAAUUCAUACAAUUGUAUGUUAAAAUUUAACACUAUUGUUCAUAUUUUGUACAAGUUUAAUAAUAAUUAGUGGCUUUGUUUAAAUUUUGACUAUCUCAAUUGUAUAAUUCAUUUAUUUAUUAAUUCAUUUUUAAAAGUCAAACAUUAUAUAUUUGAUUUCAAGGCAAAUUAAGUCAUUUGGUCAGUUAAGUUUUUUAGAAUGGAAUAGAGUAUCUGAGAUAAUUUGAGGCCAGUUAAACAAAGGUUGCAUUACAAGAUGAUAGCUGUAUUAAUUUCAUUCUAAUGUACAAUCUUUUACAAUAAAAUAAUUGUUUGAUUAAUCUGUUCUGAAGAAUCCCUAUACUAAAAUGACAGACUAUAUUUAUGCCUUUCAAAAAGACUUAGCGUAUAUUUGAUAUAAACAAAAUAACAUAAUUUGUUAUGUACUUCUCUAAGUUGAGUUGUCAGUUAUGCUUGCCACAGUUUGAUUACAUUGUAUAUGAUGAUUUUAUUAGGGUCUAUUGUAAUCAAAAUUUUUACCUGCAAUAACUAUUAAGGGAUAGCCAUAAAACGACUAAAGUAAUACACAAAAUACUGAAAACAAAACGUGAUAUAUAGAAAACAAUCAUGAAAUAUUUUCUUAUAUUCUAAAAUUGUAAUGUUUAUUUCUCAUAUAACACCAAAAUGUAAAGAUAUUUUCUACCAAUAUUUCAAUAUCCAUAAAAAGGUGAUGUACAACUAGUAUGUAUGACUAAAGACUGAUACGACAAACUUUUAACAUAAUCUGUGUAUUUUGUAUCUAGUGAGUGUAAUUUAGUAUGUAAAUAAUGUCUGUAUAAACUUACUGCUAUAGGUUUUCCAAUUUGUUUGAAAAUUCUUUCAAUGGUCAUUUUGAAAUAAGUUGUGCAAUAAUCAUUUGAGAAGUAAGAUAACUAAGGAAAUUAUUUUUGGUUGUUUCAUAACUGUGCGAGUUGUAAAUUUAUUUUGACCUUUUCAUGUUGACCAUUGAAAAUAAUUUGGAACAGCAGCGUUGACUAUUUUGUAGCUUUGGUUAUUUAUGUACAUAAGUAUUACUACUAAAACAUCGACGCAUGUUCAUCAAGAAGAACUUAUGACGAACGGACACUGGACUUACGAUGUUGCGACAAGUGUGCAAUUACGUGUGCCUCUGAGUACAAUGUGUUAGUGAUAGUGACAAAAAUUACGUGUGAAUGAAGACGGGGGACAUUUUUUCAAAUUACGUGGUAUGUAUAGAAAGUUAUAGACUCAAACAAAUUAAGCAAAUAUUUCAGUUCUUAUUUGAUAUUGUGAUUCUUUAUUAUCGUUCUCUAUUAAACUUAUAUCAAAAUAUGGUUUAGUUUAUUUUAAAAAUAUUAUGAUUUAGUCCUAAAGUUUAUUACCAAUAGAUUUAUGUUUCUAUUACAUUAAAAACAAUAGUUUAA